AGGGUUGAACUAUGUUUACUUCGAGUAUCAUCAGCGUUUACUGUAGCUUAAUUGUUUGUGGGAAAUGAAUUAAGAAAUAAACUUGUUAGAAAAAUGGUUUCUCCUGUCAUGAGUACUUAAAAAUGUUGAAUUUGGUUCGUUUUAUCCUUUGUUGUUAUCCUAUAAACACGUGACUUUAUGAUUGCGCAUUUCAUUUCGGAUGUUAUUAUUGUGCAUCAAUAUUUUCCUCAAUUGAAAAAAAUCCUGAAAUUCGUUCUUUCCUGAUGGCGAAUGGGCACGUUCGAGAACUACAUCUGCAAGGACACCCCAGAACCCAUCAAAGAGUUUCUAGACCACAAUUUUUCAGUUCUUCCAUUCCUGCAUUUUCAAAAGCGGAGCUAUUAGGGCAAUUCCUUUCUUAUGCAGUCAAUGUUGUUCCUAACUUUUUCUUUAAAGUAUGUCCUCGAUGGAUUAUGAGCUGGUUUCAUUGGAGUCCAACAUCAACGCAAGCAUUGGAAAUAGUAGAGGAACAAGUUUUCUCAAAUUUGAAACGUCCUUACUCCUCAAAACAUAUUAAUAUUGGAAAAUGCUGUGGUCCAGAGGACAAUUACGUGUGGACGAUUUGUAUGAAUACUAAUGCGGAUGGGAUUCCAUUGGUGUUGCUGCAUGGAUUUGCUGGUGGUGUUGGACUGUGGCUGAUGAAUUUAGACAGCUUGUCUGCCUCUCGACCAAUAUAUGCAAUUGAUUUGCUCGGUUUUGGACAGAGUUCAAGACCAGAUUUUAGCAGCGAUGCGUUAGAAGCUGAGAUGCAGUUUUUCAUUUCUCUUGAAAAAUGGAGAACGGCGGUUGGAUUAGACAAGUUCAUACUCCUUGGACACAGCAUGGGAGGCUAUAUUGCAGCCUCGUAUGCCUUGCAUUAUCCAGCCAGAGUUGCACUUCUUAUUUUAGUAGACCCCUGGGGUUUGCCUGAAAAACCCAUUUCACUGAUGCAUCGUUAUGAAAUGGAUUCUUGGGUCAAAUUCCUGAACAGCUUUUUACAAGGAUUUAAUUAUUUAGCUUGUGUGAGAUUAGCUGGACCAUUCGGUCCGUAUCUAGUGAAAACAAUUCGAAGUGAUUUAAGAAGGAAAUAUGGAACAUUUCUGCGGAAUCCUCGGUGCAUUAUGGAUUAUGUUUAUCAUUGUAAUGCUCAAAAUCCUAGUGGUGAAGUUGCAUUUAAAGCCAUGGCAGACUCCGCUGGUUGGGCUAAGUAUCCUAUGAUGUACAGGCUAAACAGCUUGGAUCCAAAAGUUCCUAUUACUUUUGUAUAUGGGUCUCGUUCCUGGUACAACAGGCAGCCUGGUUUGCAAAUAAAGUAUUCAAGGUUGAAUUCCUUUGUGGAUGUUCAAGUUAUUGAAGGAGCAGGACAUCAUGUUUAUGCAGACAAGCCUGAGGAGUUUAACACUUUAAUCGUCCAAGUUUGUGAAAAUUUAGAAGAUGGAUUAAUUAAUCCUAGAAAUUUUUGAUUUUUUAAUUUACCAUCAUGCAAGAGAGUUUUAGUAAUAAUGUAUUGAAUUUUAUUUAAUUUUUAUAUCUCUUGUUAAUCAUUUAUAAUUGUGUUUUUUUACAUAAACAUUUUUCAUUCGAUGCAAGACAUUCCUGAAAUGUUUUGAAGAAAGCCAAAUAUUUAGACUUUUUUUUUAAGAUCAUUUUUUAAUACAUAAUAUAGAAAAUGUUGAAAAAAUAUUUUGCUAAAAUAUAGAUUUAUUGAGUGUCAAUAUAUGUAAAGCACAA